UUUCAUUCCAUCUUUAGCAAGGAGGUGCUGCACGAGAAGCCAGACAUUAUCGAUGGCAUUGGUCUGCCCAACUGGGAAUUGGUUAUUGGUUUAUUUGUCGCCUGGCUGUGCGUCUUCCUCAUUAUUCGACGCGGCGUCAAGAGCUCCGGCAAGGCCUCCUAUUUCCUGGCCAUCUUCCCGUACGUCAUCAUGGGUGUUCUCCUAAUUCGUGCCGUUACGCUGCCAGGCGCCGCUGAUGGCAUUCUGUACUUCAUCAAGCCGCAGUGGGGAAAAAUCUUGGAUCCGAAAGUGUGGUAUGCCGCCGUCACGCAAUGUUUUUACUCGCUCUCCGUUUGCUUUGGAAACAUAAUCAUGUACUCGUCCUUCAACAAAUUUGGCCACAAUGUUCAUCGAGAUGCGGCGAUUGUCACGGGUCUGGAUACGGUCACAUCCCUGCUCGCGGGUUUCACCAUCUUCGGUAUACUCGGCCACUUGGCCCACGAGAUAGGCACCGAUGACAUAGGCACUGUGGUGAAGGGCGGAGCUGGCCUCGCCUUUAUCUCGUAUCCGGAUGCCAUUGCCAAGUUCAAACAGCUUCCGCAGAUCUUCUCGGUGCUUUUCUUCUUGAUGCUUUUUGUACUGGGCAUUGGCUCAAAUAUCGCUAUGACUUCAUGCUCGGUGACGGCCAUAAGAGAUCGGUUUCCACACUUCAAGCAAUGGCAGUGUUCGCUGUUUAUAGCAAUCAUUAGCUUUGCCAUUGGAUUAAUGUACAUAACGCCGGGCGGACAGUAUAUGCUGACGUUGGUGGACUUUUUUGGUGCCUCAAUGAUUGCUUUGGUCCUGGGCAUUGCAGAGCUCUACACGAUUGGCUGGAUCUAUGGCACUGAUCGCCUGUGCAAAGACAUUGAGUUCAUGUUAGGUCGCAAAGUUGGUCUCUACUGGCGACUCUGCUGGAGCAUCAUCACGCCAUUGAUUAUGACUGUGAUUUUGAUCUACUUCUAUGCCACCUAUGAACCCUUGGCCUACAAUGACAAAAUCUAUCCAAGCUGGGCUUACAGCAUUGGUUGGACCAUCACUGCGUUUGGUAUUUUACAGCUACCCGCUUGGAUGAUUGUGGCCAUUGUCCGGGAUCCAGGAAAAACUUUUUCUGAGAAAAUCUCUGGUGCUUUCAAGCCAUACAGAAACUGGGGUCCCCUCGAUCCCCUGCUGGGGGAGCAGUAUCACAAAGAGAUUGAAAACGAAUUGACACCGAAACGGGGUCAAGGCGUUUGGGCCGCCAUUAAGCAGAACAUUUUUGGUUAGCUGUUGAUAAAAAUUGAGAGAGAAUAUUUUUAAAGAUGUGUAAAAACUAUAUUAAACGGUCUUGUAUAGCUCCUAAGUCUGCCAAUAAAGUCAAUAAGUAUGUAAA